ACCGCAGCACAUUUGCUUCACACAACACAGCCGAUCGCAUACUCUGAUCUGAUCAGUCGCACCAAACCGAGCUAUAGCAUCAGCUCGUCGGAGUUCGGACCGGUCGACUCGGAACUCGUCAUCAAUGGCCGCCGUCCAGGUCCACGCCGCAACCCACGCCAUGCCCGUCGAGGAGGCUCCGGCGCCGGCGGUGGUGGAGGCUGUCGAGCCGGCCGUCGUCGUUGUCGAGGAUACUACCGUGGCGGUGGAGGUCGUCGAGCCGGCCGUCGUCGCGGUCGAGGAGGCUACGGUGGCAGCAGUGGAGAUUGUCGAGCCGGCCGUCGACACAGUCGAGGUGGCAACGGCUGAGGCUGUCGAGCCGGCCGUUGUCGCUGCCGAGGAGGCCGUGAAGGAGGAAGUUGCUGCGCCGGCCGUGACCGAGCUGGCGAAAGAGCCCGAGGCAGCUCCAGCGGAGACCAAGGAGGCCGAGACAGAGGUUGUCCAGCCGGCCGCCGCCGCUGAGGAGGCCCCUGUCACGCCGACAGUGACCGAGACCAAAGAGCCGGAAGCUGCCCCUGCCGAGGGAACAGAGACCGAAGUGGUGGAGCGUGAGGCAGCACCGGCUGAGGCCGAGACCAAGGAACCAGAGAAAGAAGCUGCUCCGGCCGAGACCGAGACCAAGGAACCAGAGCAAGAAGCUGCUCCGGCCGAGACCGAGACCAAAGAGGCAGAGCCAGCCGCUGCCGAGGCCGAGGCCAAAGAGCCGGUGGCAGAGGAGACACCGGCCAAGGAGGAGGCCGCUGUGGCAGUGCAGGAGGAAGCAGCAACUACGGAGGCACCUGUGGAGGCUGCCGUGGCAGCCGAAGCAGCCGUGGAAGAGACAGAAGCACCAGCUGCUGCUGCCGACGUCGAGGCCAAAGCGCCGGUGGCGGAGGCACCGGUCCAGGAGGAGGCAGCGCCCGCAGCCACCGCCGCCGAAGCGUCUUCCGUGCAGGAGGAGGCGGCACCGGCCGAGGCACCCGUGGAUGCACCCGCUGCCGCCGAGGCGGUGCCGGCAGAGGCACCAGCUGCUCAGGCUGCCGCCGCCGCCGACAAGGCCGCCGAGUGAGUUGAUGCGCGCGGGUGCGAUCGUGCUCCUGAGCUAGCCUUUGCCUGGCUUCGCCGUGCGCGUGCCGUGGCAUUGCCAUGGCACGGUACCUUAGUUCGUUUAUUAUUGGAUCCGUAUGUGUGGGCGUAUUUCGUGAGUGGUUGAUCGUCGUCGCGUGGGUGCGCAAUGUACGUCACGUAGCUGCGUACAUGGUCUAGCUAGCAGUCGUAUGUGUGUCGUUCUCAGUUGGCUUCAAUAAUGUGUCAGUGGCGUUCCGGGUCCCACUGUCAGUGAUGUCAUGGGGUCACUGGCUUUGGAGGCUGUUUUCGUCUCUUUGUUUUUUGUUUUUUGUGUUGGUUAAUACAUGCACUAGCUAUUUAUUUGUA